GUGAAAUCCCAUAAAUUUAACGGCGACGAUAGUUUUGUCGAUGAUAGGAAAUUUGGGAAUUGCAAAUUGUAGUUCGUUGGCAAUUAGUAUUCUACGUAAGAAGAGUGCAAGUGACGAAGACGACAAAAGGGAUUUUGCAGAGUGAUUUUCCGGCGAACUUACCUGAAAUUGCAAUCACGAACUCUGUUUCUGUACACACACAAAUUCCGAUGACGCAAGGGAAGAAGAGCCUAAUCCACGACGUCUCCGGUUGGCUCAGAGUCUACGACGACGGCUCCGUCGACCGGACCUGGACCGGACCGCCGGAGGUCAAGUUCAUGGCCGACUCUGUGCCGCCUCAUGAGGAAUUCGUUGACGGCGUCGCUACUCGUGACGUGGUGAUUGAUCGGGAAUCUGGCCUUCGCGUUCGGAUUUAUCUGCCGGAGGUGAAAAUCGCCGACGAUAAGAAGCUGCCGGUUGUGGUUCAUUUUCACGGUGGUGGAUUUUGUAUCAGCGAAGCGGAUUGGUUUAUGUAUUAUCAUACAUACACCAACCUUGUAAGAUCCGCCGAAGCAAUUUGUGUCUCUGUUUACCUCCGCCGAGCGCCGGAGCACCGUCUUCCGGCGGCGGUUGACGACGGCUUCUCCGCUCUCCGGUGGCUGCAAUCGGUGGCUCUCGGUGACUCGCACGAGCCUUGGAUUGCCGAACGUGCGGAUUUCGAUCGCGUUUUCCUAAUCGGAGAUAGCUCUGGCGGAAAUCUCGUCCACUCGGUCGCUGCCUUAGCCGGAAGUUCCGAUCUCGCUCCGCUGAGACUCGCCGGAGGAAUUCCGAUUCAUCCUGGUUUCGUCCGAGCCGAACGAAGCAAAUCGGAGAUGGAGAAUCCGCAGUCGCCGUUCUUGACGCUGGAUAUGGUAGACAAAUUUCUGAGUCUGUCACUACCGAUCGGGAGUUCGAAGGAUCAUCCGAUUACGUGUCCGAUGGGAGCCGCCGCGCCGCCGCUGGAGAGCCUGAAUCUGCCGCCGUUUCUCCUCUGCAUCUCGGAGAAGGACCUGAUUAUCGACACCGAAAUGGAAUAUUACGAAGCGAUGAAGGCGGCGAAUAAAGAAGUAGAGAUUCUGUUCAGUAAAGGAAUGGGACAUAGCUUCUAUCUGAACAAGAUUGCUCUGAAAUCGGAUCCAGAAACAGCCGCCGAAUCGGACGCCCUCUUCGCCGGAAUUUCUCGGUUCAUCAAGCAGCAUUAGCGGCGUUUAGCGGUGAGUCUUUCGAUCCCUCCGUCGUGUACGUCGGACGUUCUCAAGUUUCCGGUGAAUAAAGGCAGCGCAAUGCGAAAUGCAUGUACUGUUACUGUUAGUACUUUAAUAUUUUCAAAAAGAACAAUUAGUACUUUAAAUUUUAAUAGAUUUUAAAUUCAGUCUUUA